CCCUAGUCCCUUCUUCUCUCGUGGCGGUCGCUCCAACCCAUUCUCUCGUGCCGCUGCCGCGAGGAGCCCCUUUCUCCAUCGAGAUCCCGACGGCGCGUUCAACCCGCGGUCUCCGCCUCCGAUCUCCUUUCCUCUCGGCAAUCGAGUUAAACCAGCAGCAUGGGCCGGAAGGCUGAUCGUUUGUACAUAAACACCAAAAAGUUUGGAGGUGUUGGGAAGCCUUGCAUGAAGGAGAUGCUGUCAUUCCUUGGUUGCUUAUCUCUGAACAAGAACAAUGAUGAUAAAUGUGUCCGGCAGAAAGAUCUCUUGCUUGCUUGUGCCGAAGCUCAGAAAGGAAAGCCGAAAAAUCCAGCAAGGACCAUCAAUUACCAUUUGCAGCGUCUUGGCAGAGACAAGUUCUUAUAGUUGAUUUAAAGUGUGUUACAUUCUUAACAUAAGCGAGCAUUUGCAGGCGCCAGUUUCAGAUGUGGAUGUCUUAAUUGUUUGAUUGUGUACUUAUUUAAUUCUGAUCAGUUGAGAGAAAGCAAAUACUUGAAGUAGAUCUGGUUCUCUAAGUCAGUGCUUUUGGUUAUCGGUGAAAGUAUUAUCCCAAUAAAAUUAUAAACUUGAUUUUCUAGCUAAUGCAAUCAUCUGAUCAGGAGACGAGCUGGUUCCUAUCAAGGUAUCCACUGUCCAGUAUACAUUCCACAAUGAGACAUUAUCAUUGUGUUUGUGA